GUGGCAGCCCUUUUAUAGAGAAUAUAUGUAAAGUGAAAUUGUUGCAAGCUAAGAAAUAAUAAAAAUACAAAGCUGCCAAUAAAUAAGCCACAUAUUCAUUGCAAGAUAAUUAGCCAACAAAAGUGAACAAAUGACCACCGCUGCCUCCACAUCGCAAAAUGCGUCGUCGACGUUGAUGACCGCUGGUGGAGCCGGAGUCGGAGUCACAACAACAACAACAACAUCACUGACGACGACACCCAGCAGUUCGGCAGUGCGUGCUCUGGCCAUGGAAUACAAGUCACUGCAGGAAGAGCCAGUGGAGGGAUUUCGCGUCAAGCUGAUGAAUGACGACAAUCUAUUUGAAUGGGAGGUUGCCAUCUUCGGUCCGCCGGAUACACUAUAUCAGGGUGGAUAUUUUAAGGCUCAUAUGAAAUUCCCACACGAUUAUCCAUAUUCGCCGCCAUCCAUACGCUUCCUCACCAAGGUAUGGCAUCCGAAUGUGUAUGAGAACGGUGAUCUUUGCAUAUCCAUACUGCAUCCACCGGUGGACGAUCCGCAAAGUGGAGAGCUGCCCUGCGAGCGCUGGAAUCCCACACAGAAUGUGCGAACCAUUCUCCUAUCGGUUAUAUCGCUGCUCAAUGAGCCAAACACAUACUCUCCGGCGAAUGUGGAUGCCUCGGUGAUGUAUCGCCGAUGGCGGGACUCCCAAGGCAAGGACAACGAGUAUCCGAACAUCAUACGGAAGCAGGCACUGGCUGCCAAUGCGGAGGCGAAGCGUGAGGGCAUUGUGGUACCUAUGACGCUGGAGGAUUACUGUCUGAAGCCGACGGUCAAGCCCAGCACAGAGUCUGGGCUAGAUGCGAAUUUCUAUGAUGAUGAUUUCGAUUUGGAGACCGAAGAUUUGCCCACAGAUUCCGAUGAAGACGAUGAGGAUGAGGACGACGAUGAUGAUGAUGAUGAUGAUGAUGACGAGGAUCAGGAUCAAGGGAAGGGGAACGGGGACAGUGCUGCGUUUAGCAAAAAUAAUGUCAAUACUAAAUGCAAGAACAACAAUGGUCUUGUCUCUGCGAAAUCAGCUGCUGCAGCUGCCGCAGCGGAUGACACUGAAUCCGCUGAUGACAGCGGCAAAGGGGAAACAACAUAAUCUUCAUAAUGAACCCACUCCACAUCCGCAUCCUACACUGCUCCUGCCCAAGGCCUCUGCGUAGCAUUUAAAUCAAGUACGGAAGUGUGUGAAUCGAACAGCUUGGAGGCGUCUCCCCGAGCAAAUUAAAAGGCCAACUGCUAUGUUUUUAAUCCCCCACUCCACACCCAACACGAAUUAUUAUAUUUUUUAUACCACUAACAAUUAUUUAUGUACAACUGAGAGAACCAUUUGUCAGCCAAUUAGCGCAACAGCUAAUAAUCCUCAGCCAGCCAGUUAGACAGCCAACCGAUCGAUCCAAUCCAAUCCGAUCCGAUCGGUCAGUCAUCCAGCUCUCCUGGUUAGGCCAAAUUUUGAACCAAUCCAUAAGAGUUUCGGGAGCUUGCGAAUCCUUUUAAAAGCAACAAAACAACUGAAUAUUAAUAUAUAUAUAUAUACAAUAUACACAU